AUGUACCCAUUUGAAACUGAGGAUAACAAUACAGAUUUCAACAUGCACAUUAAUUCCCAAAGUAUUCAGCAAUAUCAAAAUUUUGGUCAACCUUCAUGGCACUCAUAUUCCAUUGAUGGAAUGACAGUGAGCGACACUUACCCAUCAGAAGCACAUACCGCAUCGCACCAACAAUCCAGAAAUUCCUCUACAUUCACUACACAAGGAUUAAAUUACAACUCUCAUUCUGGCAGUCAUUUGUCAAAAAUUGAACGCAAAACAAUCCCAUCUGAGAGAAUAGAUACUUUUUCUGGUUUAACUAGUCUCUCUGCAACCGAUAAUAUUAACGCACAAGCACUACCAUCAGCAUCAGCUACACAAAAUACCUCCAUUACUACUACUUCUCACAAUACUCAAUCAUUCCAUUCAUUAUUGACAUUGCUCUAUUAG